GUCCCGUCACCAUCCAUACUUGCCUCCCACUCCCUUCCUCUCUCUCCUUCAUCGUGUGACCAAUGGUUCUCUUUCUGAUAAGCCUUCUCCUCAUCUCCCUCCAACCCUCUGCACCCCACCGCCCUGCAGCGAUUUCUCCUUCAGCCCUUUGACCGGCAGCCUGGAGUUUCUUGCCUACCUGCCCGCCUUGCAAUACCUGUACGCCCCCGUUCCUCUCCACUUCACUUCUCCUUGUGCACUGGAUCCCCUUUUGAGAACUCUCAAGAUUGCGCGGCUGUUCAUUCCAUUCCUCCCUCAUAUGCCUGCCCGCCGCUCAAUCGCUCUUGUAUUAUCCAUCCCCUCUUACCCUUGGUCUCACGCAAGCGCACUCAACUCCCCAUUUGUCCUCCCCACACACGGCAGUGAUCUGCUUGCCACUGACCUGACUGGGGAGAUCCCCACUGCGCUCGGCAAAGCCACCGCCCUCUCAUACCUUUCCUCUCUAGUGUGUGUUCUAUAUCCCGUGCCUCUCUCUCUCGUUUUCCACAACUCGCACCGUCAGGUCCCGUCACCAUCCAUACUCGCCUCCCACUCCCUUGCUCUCUCUCCUUCAUCGUGUGACCGAUGGUCCUCAUCUCCCUCCAACCCUCUGCACCCCACCGCCCUGCAGCGAUUUCUCCUUCAGCCCUUUGACCGGCAGCCUGGAGUUUCUUGCCUACCUGCCCGCCUUGCAAUACCUGUACGCCCCCGUUCCUCUCCACUUCACUUCUCCUUGUGCACUGGAUCCCCUUUAGAGAACUCUCAAGAUUGCGCGGCUGUUCAUUUCAUUCCUCCCUCAUAUGCCCGCCCGCCGCUCAAUCGCUUUUGUAUUAUCCCCUCGUACCCUUGGUCUCACACAAGCGCACUCAACUCCCCAUCUGUCCUCCCCACACACGGCAGUGAUCUGCUCGGCACUAAGCUGACUGGGGAGAUUCCUGCUGCCCUCGGCAAAGCCACCGCCCUCUCAUACCUUUCCCUCGCAUACAUCAACCUCACUGCAGCAGAGCUCCCUGCCUCUCUCUCCGCCCUCACCAAUCUCGUCCACCUGUACGUAACAGCCAGCGCCUCAAAAGCCGUUGCACUAUUGCGCUGCACCAUCCACCCUCCAUGCUCUCUGCACAUCACCCACCGUGCUAUUUCCACACCACCCACUAUGUUCUCUCCUCAUCAACCACCUUGCCCUCUCCUCACCACUCGCCUUACUCCCCCUCCUCUCCCCAGGGAUGUGACAGCACCCUACAGUCCCACCACCUUAUUCUCUCCCCCGCGCUCCUCGCCGUUUCCAGCCGACUGGACGGCUCUCACCAGCCUCGACACCCUGAGGGCAGCGGGCAACGGCAUCUCAGGCUCCCUCCCCGCCGCCAUCUCCGCCCUCACCGCCCUCUCUGAGCUGGGUCUCUCCUAUAACGCCCUGGUUGGCUUGCUGCCUGUAUUGCCCUCGUCUCUGGUUCGCCUCUCGCUGAGCCACAACGCCCUGGAGGGCCCCUUCUCCGCCUCUCCUGCUGCCCCGCAAUUCAUGGAGCACAUCCCGCUGAAUCCCCUUCCCCCUGUGGUACCUCCGCCUCCCACCUUCCUCUCCCACUUCCUUCCAUUGCAAAUAUGCAAGGACAUCAGCCACAACGCUCUCUCGGGUGGUCUGGACGUGCUUGCACACAUGACCCACAUCUCCACCCUUCGGGCAUCACUCUCGCUGUGCCGUGCCCCAUGCCAUGCCCCAUGCCAUGCCCCAUGCCAUGCCCCAUGCCAUGCCCCAUGCCAUGCCCCAUGCCAUGCCCCAUGCCAUGCCCCAUGCCAUGCCCCAUGCCAUGCCCCGUGCCAUGCCCCAUGCCAUGCCCCAUGCCAUGCCCCGUGCCGUGCCCCGUGCCAUGCCCCAUGCCGUGCCCCGUGCCGUGCCCCUCGCCUCGUGGUCUCCUCCUCUGCUCCUCCGUCUCCAUUGCAGCUCAGUCUGCUCGUUUCCCUUUGCUCCUGCGUGCCGAGUCCGUUUGCACCCUCAACUCCUUGCUGCCACUCUGCCUGCCCUCCUGUGUUGACCCCCGCCCUGCCUUGCCCUGCCCUGCCCUGCCUCCCCCACAGCAACAUCGGGUCGUGCAACUUGUCUGGCGCCUUCCCUGCUGCCCUCGCACAGCUCGCCCUUGCCGAACUGUAUGACACGCCUCCUCCCCACCCCACGUCACUCAUGCUGCUCCCCCACUCUGCUCCCUCACUCUGCUGCUCACAUUGCACACCACACACUCACAUUCAACAUCCUCCCAACCUUCCUCCUUCCCCCCCUACUCCUAUCCCCUCACUCUCCAUGCAGCCUCCCCACCCUCACUUCCCACCUUCUUCCUUACCCUUCCUGCCCUCCCCUCCCUGCCCGUCCUCCUUUCUUGCCCCCCUGCCCUUCCGCCCUCCCCUUGCCUGCCCUCUCCUCUCUCUCCGCUCUGCAGCGACAUAUCCAACAACAGCUUCACGGGGCCCUUCCCCUCCGCCAUGCUAG